AUGCCUCCCAGACCAGGAGCGAUUGGCGAUCUCAGCGACGACGACUACGUCGCGCAAGUCCUUGCAACCGAAGCACGGGAUAAUUCCAAGAGGUACGCAUUGGAGGGAUUAGGGGCAUACAUGCCUAAGAAACCGUCAGGUGCAGCCCCGAAACCAAAUACACGAUUUCUACGACACAUCAUCCGAGAAACGGAUAAUCAUAAUGCAGCGCUGAAGCGAAAAGAGGAGAGGGAUGCCAGGGAGCGAAUGCGCCAGUUACGGGAGCAGCAGGCUGCUUCUUCGACAUCGCGCGAUACUAGAAGACACCGUGACCAGGACCAGCGUGAAUCUGGCGGUCGGAACGGUGAGCGAGAGAGGAGGGACGACCGUCAAAGAGGACAUCGAUCACAUCGGAGGAGACAUAGGAGUUGGUCUGCAUCAGAAGAUAGGGAUGGAGCUCGCGCGCGAAGACACAGGCGGAGGCAUGAGUCGGAGUAUGAGCGGACCAAGUAUCGACGGAGAGAUCGUGACGAUGAGCGCGAUUACUCGAGACGGCGUCGAUCGUAUUCUCGCUCGAGAAGCCGGUCUCCGCGAGAUGGACAGGAACGUGAUUCCCGGGGUAGUAGGCGGCGCCAUGGACGAUCAUACCAGUCUAGGUCGCCUUCGCGCUCUCGAUCCCGAUCUCCUGAACGCACUAAGAGGAGACACAAAGAGGACGGUGAUAGACGAAAUGAACAUCGCAGCUCGCUUGAGCAUCGGUCUACUCACAGGUCCAGCCAACAUCCGAGAAGAUCUUCGCCAACGACAACAGACCGGAACCAGGCAUCAGAUCACGACUCAGAUCCAUUGGAGGACCUAGUAGGACCGCUGCCACAAAGAGACGAUGGUACAGCGCCUAUGCGCUCUCGCGGGCGAGGCGCCUACAAGCCCAGUCAUAGUACCAUCGAUGCCCAUUUCGCAAAGGACUACGAUCCAACACUUGACGUCCAACCGGACGACGAUGACCCAUCUUCCGGAAAUAGAUCUACGCGUCGUCCAGUAGCAGGACUCAUGACCGAAGACGAUGACUGGGAACUCGCCCUCGAGGCCCUCCGGGACCGAGCCCGCUGGAAACAAAAGGGAGAGGAGAGGUUACGGCAGGCUGGGUUCAGCGAGUCUACGGUGGACCGGUGGAAGAACAACGCUGCUUUUACGGGAGGGGAUAUGGAGGGCCAUAUUGAGGACGUGAAAUGGUCGAAGAAGGGCGAGGGACGUGAAUGGGAUCGGGGAAAGGUUUUUGAUGAGGAUGGGCAUGUUGAUGUUAGGGCGUCUUGGUAG